CGUGCGCAGCUGGGGAAGAGAGCGCUGCUAUCAGCGGGGCCAGGCGACUUCCAGCCUGCCAUGGCCUCUGGGGCACCUGGGGAGCGGUUGCGCGAGGAGGCUAGGUGCCCGGUGUGUCUGGAUUUCCUUCAGGAUCCGGUCAGCGUGGCCUGUGGCCACAGCUUCUGCCUCAGGUGCAUCUCGGAGUUCUGUGAGAAGUCUGACAGCGCGCAGGGCGGCCUCUAUGCCUGCCCGCAGUGCCGGGGCCCCUUUGGGCUGGAGAGCUUUAGGCCCAACCGGCAGCUGGCUAGCCUGGUGGACAGCGUGCGGCAGCUGGGGCUCGGCGCGGGGCCGGUGGGAGUGCGCCUGUGUGCGCAGCACUGCGAGGAACUGACCCUCUUCUGCGAAGUGGACCAGGAGGCACUGUGCUGGGUCUGUGACACCACUGCUGAACACAGGAGUCACCACACCAUGCCUCUGCAAGAGGCAGCUCGGUGUUACCAGGUAAAGCUCCAGAGGGCCCUGGAAAUGGUAAGAAAGAAGAUGGAGGAGGCCUUGACUCAGGAGGUCAAUGUGGGGAAGAAAACUAUCAUUUGGAAGGAAAAAGUGGAGAUGCAGAGGCAGCGCUUCAGGCUGGAGUUUGAGAAGUAUCGUGGCUUCCUGGCCCAUGAGGAGCAGCUCCAGCUGCGGAGGAUGGAAGAGGAGGAGCGAGCCACCCUGCAGAGACUGCGGCACAGCAAGAACCUUCUGGGGCAGCAAAGCAGGGCUCUGAAGGAGCUGGCUGAGGAGCUGGAGGAGAGGUUCCAACGCCCAGCUCUGGGGCUGCUGGAGGGUGUGAGAGAAGCAUUGAGCAGAAGUAAGGAUGUCACACAGCUGGAACUGGAGAACAUCCCCAUGGAGCUGAAGACAAUGUGUCACAUCCCUGGGAUGAGGGAAAUGUUGAGAAAGUUCCAAGUUGAUGUCAAGCUGGACCCUGUCACAGCGCAUCCUAGCCUCCUCUUGACUGCUGAUCUGCGCAGUGUGCAGGACGGAGAGCUGUGGAGGGAUCUCCCCAACAACCCGGAGCGAUUUGAUACAUGGCCCUGUGUCCUGGGUUUGCAGAACUUCUCCUCAGGAAGGCAUUACUGGGAGGUCAUGGUAGGAGAAAGAGCAGAGUGGGGUGUAGGUGUCUGUCGAGAGACGGUGCUGAGAAAGGGGGAGACCACACCCUCUCCUGAGAACGGAGUCUGGGCCAUGUGGCUGCUGAAAGGAAAUGAGUACAUGGUCCUUGCCUCCCCAUCUGUACCUCUCCUCCACCUGGAACGGCCUCACUGCAUUGGGAUUUUUUUGGACUAUGAAGCAGGUGAAAUCUCCUUUUACAAUGUUACAAAUGGGUCUUACAUCUACACAUUCAACCAACUGUUCUCUGGUAUUCUCCGACCUUACUUUUUCAUCUGUGACACGAUUCCUCUUACCUUGCCACCUAUGACAGAUGUGGAGUCAGAAAAUUGGGCAUCCAGGGGUCAUCUUUACUCUGCUUCUAAUGUUGGACAUGAUCAUUCCUAAAAUUCUGUUCCUGAGAAUUUUAUGCCUAGCAAGUUUUCCUGGAGUGGAAUCGGGAGGAUGCAAAUAUGCUAAGCCCCCAAAUGUCCCCAUUUAGAUCAGCACUUUAAUCCUUAUUGCUAUGGACAUUUUUCCAUGAGGACAAAACAGAAAAUAUGAAAUAUUUGCAUCUGGAGGAGGAUUACAGAGCAUAAUAAUUUUAGAAAUGCAGCAAUCUCCUCAAGUCUUUCCAGGUGGUGCUACAGAUUUUCUUGAUGAGGGUUUCUUCAAGUGAAUGGACCUGGUGUUAAACAAAGAUUUCUAUACAUUCAUUAUAAUUUCACAUUCAUUUUUAUAUCCUUUUGUUCCAAGUCUUCGAUAUAUUGAGAAUAAGAAAUGUCAUUUUUUUUUUAGAAAUGGCAAUUCCUAAAUUCGUGGAGAACAGUCCAAUACAGCAUCAGAUCUAUAAUUCUGUUUCUCCCUCUCCUUAUUUCCCUUCUCUUCUCUCAUUCUUUCUGUGUGUUU